AUGGACGGGAUCGGAAUUCAGCGCCACCAGCAGAGCAGCUUGAGCAUUAGUAUUGUGUCAAAGAACGCACUGCAAUAUCGGGGAAAUUCCCAGCAUGACGCCCAGGAGUUUCUGCUGUGGCUUCUGGACCGAGUUCAUGAAGACCUCAAUCAUGCUGUGAAGCAGAGCGGCCAGCCUCCUCUGAAGCCACCGUCAGAGACUGAUAUGAUGCCCGAGGGACCAUCUUUUCCUGUCUGUAGCACUUUUGUACAAGAACUUUUUCAAGCCCAGUACAGAUCUUCUUUGACAUGUCCUCACUGUCAGAAGCAGAGCAACACUUUUGACCCUUUCCUCUGCAUUUCUUUGCCAAUUCCUCUACCCCACACAAGGCCUCUCUAUGUUACCGUAGUGUAUCAGGGGAAAUGUUCUCACUGCAUGAGGAUUGGUGUGGCCGUGCCUCUGUCUGGGACUGUCGCCAGGCUUCGGGAAGCAGUGUCUAUGGAAACAAAGAUCCCCACUGAUCAGAUUGUGUUAACGGAAAUGUACUAUGAUGGGUUCCAUCGUUCCUUUUGUGACACUGACGACCUGGAAACAGUCCAUGAAAGCGACUGCAUUUUUGCCUUUGAGACUCCAGAAAUAUUUAGGCCUGAAGGAAUUCUCAGUCAAAGAGGAAUCCACUUAAACAACAAUCUAAACCACUUGAAAUUUGGCUUGGAUCAUCAUCGACUGUCUUCUGCACAAACUGCAGCAAAGCAAGGGAAAACAGACUUGCCCCCAGCAAGAGCGGAAAACGACAAGAUUGUUCUAUUAGUGUGUAACCGAGCCUGCACUGGGCAGCAAGGGAAAAGAUUUGGACUGCCUUUUGUGCUGCACUUAGAGAAGACAAUAGCGUGGGACCUUCUGCAGAAGGAAAUCUUGGAGAAGAUGAAGUAUUUCUUGAGGCCCACAGUUUGCAUCCAGGUGUGUCCAUUCAGUUUGCGUGUUGUCAGUGUUGUGGGGAUAACAUACUUGCUGCCCCAGGAGGAGCAGCCGCUGUGCCACCCAACAGUAGAAAGGGCGUUAAAAUCUUGUGGACCAGGUGGCACUGCUCAUGUGAAGUUAGUGGUAGAAUGGGACAAGGAAACAAAAGAUUUCUUGUUUGUAAAUACUGAAGAUGAGUAUAUUCCUGAUGCAGAAAGCGUCCGUGUGCAGAGGGAGCGUCAUCAUCAGCCUCAGACUUGCACUUUAUCCCAGUGUUUCCAGCUCUACACCAAAGAGGAGCGGCUUGCUCCAGAUGACGCCUGGCGCUGCCCGCACUGUAAGCAGCUGCAGCAGGGGAGCAUUACGUUAAGCCUCUGGACUCUGCCUGAUGUGCUUAUUAUACAUCUAAAGAGAUUUCGACAGGAAGGAGACAGGCGUGUGAAACUUCAGAACAUGGUCAAGUUCCCCUUGACUGGCCUGGACAUGACACCUCAUGUGGUUAAGAGAAGUCAGAGCAGCUGGAGUUUGCCAUCCCAUUGGUCUCCAUGGAGACGGCCCUAUGGACUCGGGAGGGACCCUGAGGACUACGUCUAUGACCUGUAUGCUGUGUGCAAUCAUCAUGGCACCAUGCAAGGGGGGCACUACACAGCGUACUGUAAGAACUCUGUGGAUGGCCUCUGGUACUGCUUCGAUGACAGUGAUGUGCAGCAGCUGUCGGAAGAUGAGGUCUGCACACAGAUGGCAUACAUCCUUUUCUACCAGAGGCGGACAGCUAUUCCAUCAUGGUCGGCCAACAGCUCAGUGGCAGGCUCCACAAGUUCUUCCUUGUGUGAACACUGGGUGAGCCGGCUUCCGGGGAGCAAGCAAGCCAGCGUGACCUCUGCAGCUUCCUCCAGACGCACCUCCCUGGCCUCGUUGUCCGAGUCGGUGGAGAUGGCCGGGGAGAGGAGUGAAGACGAUGGAGGUUUCUCAACUCGACCAUUCGUGAGAAGUGUCCAGCGUCAGAGCUUGUCAUCCAGAUCUUCUGUCACCAGCCCCUUGGCCGUUAACGACAAUUGCAUUAGACCUUCUUGGUCCUUGUCCGCCAAGCUGCAGAUGCGCUCCAGUUCUCCCUCCCGGUUCUCAGGGGACUCUCCGAUCCACACCUCUGCCUCCACCUUGGAGAAGAUUGGGGAGGCAGUGGAUGACAAGGUCUCCAUCUCUUGCUUUGGCAGCUUAAGGAACCUUGCCAGCAGUUACCAGGAACCAAGUGAUAGUCACAGCCGACGUGAGCACAAGGCUGUGGGUCGGGCCCCUCUGGCUGUCAUGGAAGGUGUGUUCAGAGAUGAAUCAGACAUCCGCAAAUUGAACUCCAGUGUUGUAGACACACAGAGCAAAAACUCAGCACAAGGGGAUCGUGUGCCCCCAGUCUCUGAUCCAUUUGAUAACAAUAACCAGAUUGCUUAUGUGGAUCAGAGCGAUUCUGUAGACAGCUCUCCAGUCAAAGAGGUGAAACCCACAAGCCACCCGGGCUCCCUCACAAAGAAAUCAGACAGCACAGCCAAGAGAUCCCCCAGCUCCAAAGGCGCUUCUGAGCCAGAUAGAAGCUUGCGGAAGGGGAGACCAGUCUUGGCAAGCCAGGAAUCAUCUCUUUCAAGUACAUCUCCUUCUUCUCCUGUUCCUGUAAAAGUUUCUAUAAAGCCCUCCCACUCCCGAAGCAAAGCAGAUUCUUCUUCCAGGGCCAGUGGACGGCAUUCCUCCCCUGCCUCUGGCCAGCCCAGAAAGGAGUCCUCCCCCAAACCCCAGGACUCCGUGUCAUCUUCGCCCCAGAAGCAGAAAUCAUCUUCCUCUCUCACCUACACUGCUUCCUCCACAUCUGCCAAAAAAGCCUCGGGCUCUGCUGCAAGGGGUCCCUUCCCUCCUGGGAAGAGCAGGACUUCAGACCGGAGCUUGAGUAGAGAGGGCUCCAGGCAAAGCCUGGCUUCGGACAGAGCCAGCGUCACCUCCAGCUCUAAACCCAACUCCCCUCGGGUGAACCAGGCCAGGGCGGGGGAGGGCCGAGGGGACGGAAAGCACGUCAGGAGCUCCUCCAUGGCCAGCCUGCGUUCCCCCAACACAAACAUGAAGGCUGGUCUGAAGAGGGACAGCAAGUCGGAGGACAAGGGGCUAUCCUUCUUCAAGUCAGCCUUGAGACAGAAGGAAACCCGGCGGUCGACUGACCUUGGCAAAACAACCUUGCUCUCCAAGAAGGCCGGUGGGAGCUCUGUCAAGUCGGCUGAAGCUGAAAGCUCCGUGUUGCCCUGUGUGCGCAUGCCCAUGUUUCUUGUAACUUGGAGAGGAAAGAAGUUGCCUAAUGCCAAAAGUCAGUUGAUGGUGUGUUGAAGCAACGUGUGACAAAGUAUUAUGUGUGCGCUUCUGAUGCUGCCUGUCAGUCUCAGUUGUAGACUGCUUUUCAGUAAGUCAUUUAUUUCUUCUUUGUGCUUAAGACUUAAUCUCUUACCCAGGACUCAGAAGCAGGAUUGGAGCAUGUUCCAUCUGGCAUUGUCAGUGCAAAUUGCAUUUCUUGUUUAGAAAACCAGGGAACCUCACAAAAAUCUUACAGAUAAGCAAGAUACAUAGUUCUUCAAGCUUUCUGGAGGUAUCCUGGCAAUUUUUAGCUUUUUUUUUUUUUUUUUCUAUUUUUUUAAAAAUGUCAAGAGAGUCAUGGUCCUGAUUCUCUUCGAAUAGCAUUUGUCACUUUGCCAUGAAAUAUAGCAUGCUAAGUUUAUAUGCUUUUAAAUAUUAACUUUUAAAAAAAUUAUAAACCCUUCCAGUUCUUCCUGAACUCUUGGUGCACAGAUCCAUUUAUAACCUCCUUUUUCAGUAUUGCUGUCUGUGAAGUAAUUAGAACAUGUACACAUGCAUAGCUAUGAAUUCUGCACUGCCUUUUUUUUUUUUCCUGUCCCCCCCUCCCCCCGCCCCCAUGAAUACCUCUUGGGAAAUAUUUCCAAUAGGUUUCUAACUUUAUUUUGCUGCUACUUUGAGCAUUAGCAGGUAACUUGCAAGUCUGGAGGACACUUAUGUUGAGGGUAGCUGGCAUUUUAGACCCUUGCAAUUUUUAAGACUUGGCUACUCAGCCUUGUGAAAGUUACCAUAGUGCUCCAUGAAGUUCAUUGAACGUGAGCCUUUUGCCCGGUGCACUCGGUCCUGUACUCACCCCUUCACUAGGUAUCGCUGUUGCACUGCAUGGGCUUCUGGUCUCCCAAAGCAGCGUUCCUCUCCUCUACUGUAGUGUGACUGUCGAAGACUGGCUGCCCUCAGUGUGGUCACUGCUUCCACGGGCACCCUGACAGCCCCAUCAGUGUUUAGCCACCGCUGGUUUUUCUGUGUCACUUUUAUUUCCUGGGAAGGAUGCACCAAGUAUGGGAUCAUCAGUAUCAGGAGUUGAAUGUUUGUCUGAUUUGAGCCUCUCGUCUUUCUUUGAAAUAGAUAAAUCUCAUUUGAAAUCUCCUAUCUGAAGCUCUGAAACAGCCUUAGAAUUAUAGUUUGACUACAUAAAGGUUUUUAAUAACACCUUUUUCUGGGGCUGUUACCAGUUAAGCAUAAGUAGGAUCUAGUUUAACUUUCACAGUGGCAAAUAUUUUUAUUCUCAAGUCCUCCAGGAAUGGAUUUUCCAUUAUAUCUAGUGUUUUCAAAAAAACAAAAAACAAAAACAAGCAAACAAAAAAAACAACUCUACAAAUUUCUUUAAUUUUCCAUGGGACCUAGAAAUAAAAUUUCAGUAUCUGUAAAUAAUAUGUCUAUGGAGUUUAGUCUUUUUUUUUUUUUUUUUCAGAUUUAAAUGAAAAAAAAAUCAGGAAGUAUAAUGGCGUUGUCUAGACUUCUUUAAGCUGUUCCAUUUCUGUGCUUGGUAAAUAAUGAAAAUCUCAUCCAUAUCUACUAGGUACAACCUUUAAGUCACGGAAAAGGUUAUUUGCCCAAAAGUUUGAAGGUGCUCUUUGAGGUGUGAAAGAUCUUAUGGGAAAAUUAUUACUUGGUUCAAUUCAGUUGUUCAGUAGGUUAGGGACUUGAUGUUUGUUUUGUUUUUUAUUUUCUCAGUGAUGUUUGGCACAUUGAGCAUAUCUAUGCUUUGGGGUUAAAAAUGAUCUGCCAAGGUUGGUGGGCCUGAGUUUCUGGUUGGCAACCAGGUGGGCCUGAUUAGAGCAGUCAUUUCCUGGUAGGCACAGAGUAAUCCCUGACAGGAGUGUGGCUCCUUAAUGUUUUUUGCUUUUAAAAAACUUUUUAUUUUUGAUUUCUUUUCCUGUGAACAUCCAGUGCACUGAGGCUAUGUCAUUCCUUCAGACGGCCCUACACCUUGCCUUUGUAAUCCCUUGUAUAAUGUGGAACCACAACGAAACUGUUAAGCUCAUGUCAUCUCAAGAUCACCUCCCAGCCCUUGUGUUUUCCCAUCCUAAAAGCAGCCUAACUGAAAGGAAGUAAUACCUUGCUGGGCCAAUAGAAAUGGAUGUGGGAGUAUUUGUGGUCUGGUAAAAUAUUGUAAUUCUUGAUGAAGCUGCCGUAAAUCCUUGUAAUCAUUCUUUCCUCAUUCAUUCAUUCAUUCUGCAAGCAUUCGUUGAGGGCCUGCUUUGCUCGUAAAGACAAGUGGAAAGCGUCAGGAAUUCGCUGUAGCCGAGGAGCCCUGGGAGCCCAGCCGAUGAGCCAGGGGAUGCCAGUGAUACCCUAAAUGGGGUGACGGUCCCCCCCCCCCAAACAGAGAGCAGAUGGAUUCUGGUGAAGCAGUCAAGGCCUGUGGUCCUCUUGAGCAAGUCUCUCCUGUUCCGGAAACCAAAAGUGCCCUUCUUCAUCUUCGGAGACAUUUUACUCUUACAUCCACUUUUUCAGACUGAGCUGUCUCUACUACUUAGGGGUUGAAAAUCCAUUACGAAGUCACUUUCCAUUAGAAUUUGGUCAUCCACGUGUGUAUGAAAUAGAUGUGGGGGUUGGGGGAGGGGGACAAAUUGCCAUCCCUCUAAAGUAACUAUCAUGGAAAAAACUAGGGACAGUUUGUCCAGGAAGCAGUAGUGUCAGCCUUUAGGAAAAAUGGAGCAGAGAUGAGCUGUGAACAAAGCUCACUUAUUUCAAAUACACAUGUUUUUUUAAAAAUAGAUUGACAUCUGACGUUACAUUUCAUUCUGACAAAUUACCGAAGAGCUGAAGUUCUUGUUUCCUAUGUAGGUUAUCGGAAUUAUUGGAUGCCAAGAUAAUUAGUGUUUCUGGGUUGGAUUUUUGAGAUAGUAUGCAAAUCAUAAGCACAGUUUCAAUAAAACACAUAUUCUGUGAGGCGUGUUGAACUUGUAUUAUUUGGAAUUGAGAAGAGCAAAAUUUGCUGACAAACCAGCGCCUAUAUCAUAAACAGAAAGCAGCUGUCUGUGCUGUGCUGUCUGUCUUCAUGUUCAUAAAGGACACAUUACUGUGUUAAACCUGACUACAUUUUUUGAGGGGAAAUCCUGUGCUUUCUUUAAAUGAACACUUAGUGUUUCACACUGCCUUUUGAUCAACUCUCAAAGUGUUCGUUUUGCAGCUGCAAUUUGAGCAUGACCAGUCAUUUUUUCCCCCAAGUAAUGACAGCAGUUUUGCUUGGCCUCCAUAUAACCCAGAAAGCAUGUUCUUACCACCUAUGCAAACAACUAAUAAAAUGUAGACUACCCUAAAUGUAAAUUUUAAAAAAGGCAGUUCUUGGAUUAUGGAGCUCUAUUUUUGAAUUUGUAAUUUUUUACAUGUGGCUUUAUCAUCAAUACUGAAGAGCCUGAAUAUGUUUUCUUGUUUUGCUUUGCACAUGUUUCUCUUUGCUGUUUUGUUUUGUUUUUGUUUUUUGAUCGUUGGCAAGAUUGUAUGUAAAAUAAGUAUUUUGCAAGCAGGAGUGGAAUUGGAUAUGUUGAACACACAUGGGUUUAUAUACUGUAUUUAGCCUGAACAUUUUUCCUAAAGUAUUUUGUUCUAAAAAUAACCUGCCAUUUUCUAUAGAUUUUAAUUUUUUAUAUCUCCUAGGGUUCUAUCGUGGUCACAGGGAGAGAAUGUGGCUUCUAAUAGUGCUAACAAUUUUAAAAUGCUUUUGUAGAGACUUAGAGCUGUUUUGAAAAGCUUUGGAGCUUCCCAACCACUGGUCACAAUAAGACUAAGCUCGUGGAAUUUAUGGUAGCAUUCUAUAGUGGAUUAGGUUCUAGAUCCAUCUCAUAAGCAUUUAAAACAGGUGUUUCCCAAUUUUGGAGGGAAGGGGGAUCCACUGCAGGCUUGCGAGCCUUUUUUCAAAUCUCAUACAUGUACUCUCACCAAGAUUCUGUUAAGCCUCUUCUGAAUGACUUGUCUGAGAUUCUGAUACUCAGCAUUCACUAGCAUCAUCUAGAGAACUUUUACAAAUGCCUGGGUCCCACUCCCAAGCUUUUGAUCUAACUAGUGUAGGGGCAGGUCCCAGGAAUUGCCAUACAUUUUAAAGCUCGUGGGGGUUUCUAAUUUGCGGUCAGAAUUGAGAACCACUGUGCUACACCAUCCCUAUGGUGAGAAUCACUGCCAUGUGAAGCAUUCAGGAGUGACUCAGACUCUGUUUCGUUGGAGAGGAAAGAAAAAAAAAAAAAGAGUCAGAACCACUGAUAUUAACAUCCUGUUUGAAAUAAGGGAGCCUUUCUGAUUUGAGACCCUAUUUGGGUGCUGGGAGCCUUUGGUGGGUGGCCCAACACUUGCCAGUCGAUUGGGAUUCAGUGGUCUUCAGUUUGCUGGAGCAGACAGAGUCCCCUGUGGGGUGUGCAUCCUUCCCAGGGCCUUUUCCCUGGAUGCCACCACAGGGCCAGACCCACAGGGGAGUUGGGAAGUCACUCUGAGUUAGAAAAUGCUGAAGUAAAGCCUUUGUGGCCUUGGAAAACCUGUUCCUGAUUUUGAUAGAAUGACUAUCUUUGUAGUAAUUACAAUAGCAAACUCCAGGCUGCCACCUAAUUUCCUAGUUAGCUCAUUCUCUACUUAUCCGCAGUGUAAUUUUAGGAGUUAUUUUUAGUUUAAAAAUGAAUGUGAGACAUUUUAUUUGGAGUCUUUUUUUUUUUUUUGGUAACCCUCCGUGUUUUUUCAUGUAAUUACAAAAUAUCAAAUAAUACUCAUCCAAAAAUUUGGCAGUGUAUGUUACCUAUGGAGGCAAAUGAAAUUUAGUUUUAAUCUGUGGUGAGCCGAAGGCACUUUAAACAACUUCAAAGUAGUCUGCUGUGUUUCUCGGGUGGUUUCAUCCUGUUGAGCAUGAUGCUACCUACAAAAAAAAAAAAACACAACUUACCUGGUGUUUUCAACAUUUUAAGGAAUGAAGAUUUAAGUAAAAAUCCAAGUUGGAAAUCCCGCUGUAGAAAAGCCCCUUGAAGCAGAAUGGCCUGUUGUGGUGGUGAAUUUGCAGUGUGAAGUUGCCUUCAGGUGCUAUUCUAAGUGGUGCGGCAUCCUCGUACCAGAUGGGAAGGCAAUUCCAGUGUUUGCUGAAGCUCCAGUUCUCUCUGUCGGCCUUUCAAAUGUGCAUUUGUGUUCCCUGUCCGUUUGCUCACCAACUGUGCCUCUCACCACUGGUUAAAAUCGAAUUCAAGCCCCAUUACAAAAACAGUUUCUUCCCUGAAUGCUUCAGUUUCACACUGGAAUUUCUGCAGUUGUCUUAAAAGCUGCAUGUCCCUGUCACUGUACACAGAAUGCCUUGAUAUUGUUCAUGCACCGUUCAUAGUGAUUUCUCUGCCAUUUUCUUCUUUAGUUGUACAGUAAUACGGAAGGCAGGAUGCCUUUCCUUGAGGCUGGAAGAAAAGUGUACCAUACAUUUUAAAUUAUUUUAGAAA